GGGCCCGGGCCCUCGUCGCCGCCCUCCUGUCAGCUGCUGGACGCCGUGCUGCAGAACCUCUACGACUUCGGAGAGGCAGAAGAUGAAGCAGAACAGAAAAGGGUCAGAAGGAAAAGGGAAAACAAGAAGAGAGAUGUGAGGACACCAGAGGUGUUGGGGGCGGAGUCUGCUCCCCCACCUGGCUCUCUCGCACGAGGCCAGAGGAAGAGUGCCUCGAGCUUCUUCUUGGAGCUCAGAGAAGAGCUGCAGUGUGGCCCUGCUGUGACCCUCACUGGUGCCUCUGCAGGACCCCAAGUCCCUCCUGCUGCAGCACCUCCCUCUCCCCUGGAUAAGAGGGAGCCAGUAGAAGUGGUGGAAUUCCACAGCAGAAAUAAGAAGAGAAAACAGAAGCUGGAUCAAGACGAGAACACAAAGACCAAAACUAGUAUCCUUGAGAAAGAUGUGAAUAUACAAGAAUUUAACUUAGAAAAGGCUCGGCUGGAGGUGCACCGGUUUGGGAUCACGGGUUAUGGAAAAGGAAAGGAAAGAGUCCUGGAGCGGGAACGCGCGGUUAUGCUGGGUGCGCAGCCUCCCAAAAAGAGUUAUGUGAAUUACAAGGUUUUGCAGGAGCAGAUCAAAGAAAAAAAGGCAGCAAAGGAAGAAGAAAAGAGAAUGGCCCAGGACACAGAUAUUUUCAAGAAAAAGAAGAGGAAAGGGCAGGAAGACAGGAAAUCCAAAAAGAAGAAAUCAGCUCCCAGUAUUUUGUCAAGUGGACGGGUUGGACAGGUUGGAAAAUUCAAAAAUGGGACAUUGAUUCUGAGUCAAGUUGAUAUCAAGAAAAUCAAUUCUUCCCGAGUGGCUAAAUGAAGUGCUCUGUGAACUAAAGAGAGGACUGGGAAAGGGCCAUUGCACUGGGACAGGACCCGUGCAGGACUUCUGGACUCUUAUUUCCUAUUUCAUAGGCGGCUUUUUCAGGGGAAAAUCAAACAAAUGAUAAAGCUUCUGGUUGCUGAAGUGUCUGAUGGCCCAUGUUGAGCCAACCACGCGUCAUGUGAGUGUCAAGUAAAAUUAUUGAAAAGAUGCUUAAUUUUCUCAGCACAGGUCACUCAAGUUUCACUUUCACUGGUGUUUUGUGCAUUUCUUCGUAAUAAGGUUUUUCAUAAAUUUACUGAUUCAUAAGGGCUAAUAAUUAACUUUGAAUUGCCAUUUAAUUUAAUUUUCUAAAAAUGAUUUAAUGCUACUGUGUCAUGCAAGAACUAAAAAUGUGAUGAUCUGUCAGUUAUUUUGUGGGAAAAGGAGCUUCAGUGUUCAGUUUCAAGUAUAUAAAUCUUCCUAAGAAGUUAUGUAAAUAAAAUACAGCUUCUGUGUAUAUGUGGCUGUGACUAUUAAACAGCAGCAGACGA